ACAGCGCUCCGGUGUACCAAAAAUAAUCAGAUCUCAAGUCUGGGCGAAACAGUUGAGCCAGCGUGUCGCGAAGCCGUUUUUCAGAUAAGGAAAAAUAUGCCUGAUCUGUAAUCCGUGGCUGUUAAACGACGCCCCUAGUCGGGCUGAAGUUUUCGAUCCAAUUUAUAGGGUAGAAAAAAAACGUUGAUGCGUAAAACAAUCGUGAAAACUUUUAGUGCCUCGACUAUGUCCCACAACGAGCACCUCGUCGUAUGCAGGUUCUCCAUAAUAUUCAUCAUUCUACUUGUACCUGGUGUCAGCGUCGCUCAAAAUGCCAAAACUGUUGAACAGUGGGCGGAAAGAAUCGGUUCGGAACUAUGGCGACUUGCGAAUGCUACGGCACGCCCGGAUGAUUUAAAGAAUCAAUACGUGAAGCAAAAUGCCCGAAUCGAGGAGAAAUCGGGAAUGGAGAUGGUCAAGUCAAUUUCAGAGAGCGUUGGACGUAUGUUAAGUCGAAAGAUGGACGCGGUCCGCUGCAUCCUGGAGACGGCCGAAAGAUCGGCUGUGCUAUACAACGCAAGCGCACUUCCUCAGAGGAUCGGUCUUACCAACGAGACAAUACGUAAUAUGAACAUGUCCUACAUCUCGGGAAAAUACAGUUCCGUCAAUAAUGUGUCUGUCCAGUUGCCAGAAUCCCUCAUCAACACAUCUGCCAUGUACAGUCCGAUGAACCUCACUGCAGAUUCCCACUUUCACAACAUCCCCGUGAACACGCACUUCUCCUCUGUCCACGUGCCUACGAAUGUGUACGAUCUGGACCAGAAGGUAAACGCCGCGAUACAAUGGUCGAAGGCCUUGAACAAAGUAUUUCGACAAAACUACAGAUCCGACCCAGCCCUUUCCUGGCAGUAUUUCGGCUCGAGUACCGGCAUGCUUCGGCUGUACCCGGCCAUACAAUGGCGCACAGAAGAUGACAAGCCUGACCUUUACGACUGCAGGAUGCGUAGCUGGUUCAUCGAGUCGGCUACAUGCAGCAAAGACAUGGUCAUCCUCAUCGACGUUAGUGGUAGCAUGCACGGCAUGGGCUACUCGAUCGCAAAGACAACGGCAGCCGAAAUUUUGGGAACUCUGUCUAACAACGACUUCGUGACGAUAAUUGCCUAUACGAACGAAACAACCGAAGUGGUGCCUUGCUUCAAUGGUACCUUGGUACAAGCAACUCCUGAGAAUAUAGAAGUAUUCAAACAAGCAUUGCAGAAUAUAAACGCCACGAAUCCAACGAUCCUCAGCAAAGCAUUCAACAAGGCUUUCGACCUCUUGGAGACAUUUCGAACGUCCAAACAGUGUAACGCAACAAAUCCAUGCACCCAGGCUAUUAUGCUUCUUACCGAUGGUGUGCCCGGAGACAUUGCUGAGGUAUUUGCCGAGCGGAACAGGCUGGAGAACGGAACGUACGUGCCGGUCCGUGUUUUUACGUAUCUGCUUGGCCAUGACGUUACGAAGACACCGGAUAUCCAGUCGAUGGCUUGCUCAAACAGAGGCUACUACUCUCACGUCCACACCCUUUCAGAGGUCCGGGAACAAGUGCUCAAGUACAUCAAUGUCAUAGCGAGACCGCUCGUACUCCAGGAGCUUAAUCAUCCGCUCAGUUGGACUCAUGCCUACGCGGACAUCUCGAAUCCGGCACUAGCUACGUGGCUGGGGUUGGUAAUGGAGCACCCUGAGCAAAAGUCGAGGCUCAUCACGCAUCUGAAAGGAAAGGAACAAGGCGUACAAAUAAACGAAGAUGCCAUCUACAUUCAGAAGCCAAAUCCGGAGGAGUCUAACACGUCCACUGCACUGAAGACGUCCUAUCAGGAAUACCGGCUGUUAACAUCCGUCAGUGUCCCAGCGUUCGACCUGAAGGGCAACCGGGAAAACGAGACGAAACUUGCCAACCUUUUAGGGGUCGCCGGGACCGAUGUUCCCCUGGAAGAGAUAAACAAGUUGACGCUUCCUUAUAAACUCGGCGUUAACGGGUACGCUUUCAUAGUUUCCAACAACGGGUACGCUAUCCUUCAUCCUGACCUGAGACCCGCCUACAAGGGAACUCUGAAGGUAAACUACAACAGCAUCGACCUCACGGAGGUGGAAGUUAUCGGUGAAGAUCUGGGACCCAGAAUACCCGGAAAGGAGGUGCUGGAGCUGAGAGAAGCUCUGGUCAACCAUAAAAAUGGUACUUUGGAAAAUGUCACGGUGAAGUUUCAUUACGACGACUACAGGAGGGUCACCUUCGAGAAACGAAACUACUUUUAUGAAGCCCUACCAGGAACACCCUUCGGCCUGGCCAUCGCACUUCCGGAAUAUGGUACCAAAUGGAUCAAUGUUGGUGAAGAGAUAAAGAAGAACUGGAUUAUGGAGAAAAAAAUCAUGGACUAUUUCCGCGGUGAUCGUUGGCGAAUUCAUCCCGGCUGGGUCUACUGCCGUUUUCACUAUCUUGAAGGACAUGAGUUUGAUCGACCCGAAGACGAGCUGAGGUUCUUUCUUGAAGCUCUUGAUGAACCCGAUACCUGGGAAUGGCACGAACAGUACGAGGCCAGUCCAGGUGCCAAUAAUACAGACGAGAAGAUAGAUGAUGAAGACGAUGAUGUAACUGUCGAAACUGACUAUACGACUGAUGAUGGCGACUUCAUGAACCCAAACGAAGAACAGAUGCCAGAAAAUGGUACUGAGAACGCUUGCAAUCGGAAGACUCUUGACGAUGACGAUUAUUACUGCAACAAGGAAUUAAUGGAACUUCUUGUUUUCGACGCGAAAGCGACAAACGUCAGUUUCACAGGAAAAUUCGUCUUUUCAAAUGAGACAGAACGGCAAUUGGCCGCCAUCUACGGAGUCUUUCUGCGAUUUGUCGCAACCCAGAGUGGACUCACGCGUUGGCAAGACGUUGGAGACUCUCCUGAUGUAGAAAAUGAUUCAUGGUUUUGGAACCAGGAAGAAAAAAAUGUUAAACCCGAGUUUGGCGACCUCCAUCGACGAGCGGUAAAUGAACCAUGGUAUAAGGGAGCCAUUUUUCAGCACAACGUUGAUCCCGAAAGUAUCUCGGUGACAGUUCCAACUACUCAAGGAGCAGCCGCCAUCGUGACUGUGGCACAAGCGAUAUUCCCCAAAGAUGGAGCCCAAAAGGCUCCUGCGGCCGUUAUCGGAUUGCAAAUGCCGAUGGAGUCUUUAUACGCGAGGUUUCAGGACCUGACUCAUGACCAUACGGAUUCAAACUUUUCCUGUUCUAAUGCAGAGACCGAUUGCUACCUGAUAGACCAGAACGGCUACGUCGUAGUUUCUGACUUGAACGAAACUGGGAUAUUCUUUGGGACCGUUCAGGGUGGCGUUAUGAAUUCCAUGAUUUACCAAGGCGUGUACAAGCGCGUAGUGUUCUACGAUUAUCAAGGGCUUUGUUCCUAUCCUACAUACAAGGGUGCCGCUAAUUUCCUCAAGACUCCAUUUCACCAUUUGUCACAACUCGUCAUCUGGCUCAUUGCUCGCCUGAUGUGGCUAACUUCGCAGAUCGUCGAGUUUCCGUUGGCUUGGGCUAAGAAAGAUAUGAACGAAGACGCCCCAGAGCCGCCUGAUCCGCCCGAACUGGUUACCGAAUACUACGCUUGUGACGAAAAAAGGACCCUCUACAUUUUGCAGCCGGAAGUCACAGAACAUUUGAGCAACGUCUCGACCUACCCGUCGCGACCAUUUUAUGCUGAAAAGGUCCCUUCUACCAACCUCGUGCUUGUCGUCGUCAAUGCUUCGUACACGUCGCUUUACGACCGCAUUGAAAUACUUCCGACGGAGAUGCGACCAGAGUCUUACCCCAAUGGCCAGGAAUUCCCCUGCCACAAACUGAAUCUCACACACCUAGGGAGACGUGGACUUGAAGGAUGUUACGCGGAAGAUCCUGCGGAGGAUGAAAUUAAAGACUGUGGCUCUUGAUCCUGAUAAUUACCAAUUUCUGCCUACCGUGGUCAACAAUUUUACUAAGGGGUUUCAUGGUAUUUUUUUUUUACCCUUUUGCUAGGUAUCGAUACUCAUUGUCAGUAUUUGUAUGAAAAUCAAUAAAUACUCCAAUUAUU